ACGACCAUUUUCCCACAACCCACCAUCUUCUCUCUCUCUCCCUCUAGCAGUUCAGUUCAAGUCUUCUACUAGAGUAGAAACUGAAGAAUCAUUGUUGAUAACAAGAACAACAUAUUCAGGCAUGGCUGAGGAAGUGCAAAAGCAAGCCCAAGAAGAAGUGGUGGUGGUCACUGAUGUUCCACAGCCUGAGAAACCUACUCCGGCAGUAGAGAAAGGCCUACCGACGGAGGAGCCCACAAAGCCCAAGCCCAUUCAAGAAGAAGAAGAGCCUGCUGUGGUGGAGGCUGAGAUUUCAAAAUCCGGGGCUGACAGUGAUGAGAAGAUCCCUCAGUCCGGUUCAUUCAAGGAAGAGAGCACCAGAGUUGCUGAUCUUCCCGACACCGAGAAGAAAGCGCUUGAAGAGCUUAAACUGCUUAUCCAAGAUGCGCUUAGCAAGCAUGAGUUCACCAGUCUGCAGGCUUCGCCGCCCAAAGAAGAAGAACAAAAGCCAGCGGCCGCUGAAGAAAUUCCAUCCAAAGUGAUUGCUGACGAUGAUCCUCCGGUGGCGGCGGAAGAACCCACAAAGGCGGAAUCCGAAGCUUCAGUAGAAAUGAAGGCGGAGGCAGACGAUGAAGCCGCAGAACAAACAACAACAACAACAGAAACCGUGGUGGUUACGGCGGUUAUUGAAGAGAAGGUGGCCUGUAAUGCUGUGGAUGAUGACGGCGCAAAGACUGUGGAAGCCAUAGAGGAGACCAUUGUGGCGGUCUCUUCUUCAGUCUUGCAAGACCAGCCUCCUCCGCCUCCAGCAACAGAUCAUGAGGAGGAUCAGAAGGCUGCCUCUGCUUCACCUCUGGAGGCGGAAGAAGAAGAUGCCAAAGCCGACUCUUCCGCUCCUCUGCCUCCGGAGGAGGUAUCCAUCUGGGGAAUACCACUCCUGGCCGAUGAGAGGAGCGAUGUGAUUCUCUUGAAGUUUCUCCGCGCAAGAGACUUCAAGGUGAAGGACGCAUUCACCAUGAUCAAGAACACGGUGCGCUGGAGGAAGGAGUUUGGAAUCGACGAGUUGCUUGAAGAAGAAGAACUGGGUAGCGAUUUACAGAAGGUGGUGUUCAUGCACGGCUUUGACAAGGAAGGACACCCGGUUUGCUACAAUGUGUACGGGGAAUUCCAGAACAAGGUGCUGUACCAGAAAACAUUUUCUGAUGAAGAGAAGAGGCAGAAAUUCUUGAGGUGGAGAAUUCAAUUCCUGGAAAGGAGUAUCCGGAAAUUGGAUUUAAGCCCUGGUGGUAUUUGCACAAUUGUCCAGGUGAAUGAUUUGAAGAAUUCUCCGGGGCCUGGUAAGUGGGAGCUUAGACAAGCAACCAAACAGGCCCUCCAAUUGCUCCAAGACAAUUAUCCUGAAUUCGUAGCCAAACAGGUGUUUAUCAAUGUCCCUUGGUGGUACCUGGCGGUGAGUAGAAUGAUAAGCCCAUUCCUGACGCAGAGGACCAAAAGCAAGUUUGUGUUCGCCGGCCCUUCCAAGUCUGCGGGGACCCUUUUGAGGUACAUAGCUGCCGAGCAGUUACCAGUCAAAUAUGGAGGACUGAGCAAAGACGGUGAAUUUGGCACAACAGAUGCUGUUAUUGAGACUACUGUCCGGCCGGCAGCGAAGCACACGGUGGAAUUUCCUGUUACUGAGUCGUGCCAUCUGACAUGGGAGGUGCGAGUUGUGGGAUGGGAUGUGAGCUACGGUGCAGAGUUUGUGCCGAGUGCUGAAGAAAGUUACACCGUGAUCAUACAGAAGGCUAGAAAGGUUGCCUCAUCGGCAGAACCAGUUGUUUGCAAUAGUUUCAAAAUUGGUGAACCUGGGAAGGUGGUGCUCACCAUUGACAACCCCACCUCUAAGAAGAAGAAGCUCCUUUACCGCUUGAAGACCAAAUCCUCCUCUGAUUGAAAAAGGGAAAAAGAAAGCUUGAAGAAUAUAUGGGGUUUGUUGAUUAUAGAUAGGGAACCAAAUAUAUUUGUUGAAAGUGGUUUGUGUAUCUUUUCCUAAAUACAUUUAAUUUGUGCUUCUUUAUUAAUUAUGAAUAUGUUUUUUUUGAAAAGAAAUUUAAUUUGUAAUUGGGGUUGGUAUGUGAAAUACUACUGAUUUUGGGGAAGAACUAAAGUCCCAAUGCCUGCAUGGAUGUUUCUUUGGGACCCGUGAAAUACUCAAUUGUCUUUUUCUUUUUCCA